GCUAUUACGAAUUUGAAAAAAAAACAUUUUAUUAAUAAUCUGAAUAUCAGUAUUUAAUUUCAACAAGUGGAAACCGGAAAUGACGUCAUUUAUCACCACGUCAACCACGGUUGCCGAGACAACUAGCAUUAAGAAGACGACUACUACAACGAAACUGCAAGAAAAUAUCAGCAACAAUGUGACUUCCGCUUUCACAACGACCCCUGGAAUCAUGGAGACGACGGAAUUGCUUAAGAACUUCACCGAAAUAGCACCCAAUACAACGACUUUAGGUAUUGAUAUCUCGAGCCCAUCCAGCAGAGGUGAUUUUAAUUAUCUGAUUCUGGCAAUAGUGUUGUCUGUCGUUUUCUGCGUUGGCAUUAUCUUGCUGGUCUGCUUUGUGACGUACAGAAGAGGAUUGAGAUCCCGUAAGAAGGCGCAGGACGAGGCACAGAAGGCAUUCCAAGCUAGAGUUACUUCUAAGAACGUGCGAGUCGAUGAGAUCAAAAAUGAGCGCGGAAGCCAAUCAGGAACAAGAUAUUCGGCAAAGACCCAAUCAACGUCGUCCACGUCAAACGAUGGCAAAAAAGAUGGAAAGGGGUCAAAGAAGGGUGAAAAUAUAGAUGCUUCCGGUAAUGCAACCUAUCAGAACACGGAAGCAAAGAACGGUACGGUUACGUCUGAACCCCAGUACGUGAACUUUUCCGUUCAUCCAACCAAUGACGACGAUCUUUACAUUGACCUCACAAAGGAAACUGGCCAAUCAGGGCCAACGAGUCCUAUUGCUAUCCAAUCACCGAUAGCUAAAACGGCGGAAAAAAACCUCCAGUCGACUAACCAACAGGAAAGAGAUUCGACUUACGAAAAUCUGCAAUCGCCUGGACCUGACGAAUACCAAACCGUGGAAAACGAAGACACAGUGCCAGAAGCAUUAUACCAGAACACAAUGCAGCAGGGAGAUGCGAUUUACGAGCAAGCGAAAACUGAUGACAUUUACGUAGACAUGGCAUAGGCAUCGUGUCGUCGUAAUUGGCCAAUUAUUGACGUCAUAUUCAACCGUUAGACGAAAUAAUAAUGUCUUUGUUCGGCUUAUUUACUUCAUAUGGAACUACUGUACAAAAUUAUGACGUCAUAUUUGACCAUCGAACAGAAUAAUGACGUCAUAUUUGAUCAACUAUAGGCGUCGUGUUUGACUAUUAAACGGAAUAAUGACGUCAUAUUUGGCGAAUUAUUGACGUCAUAUUUCACUAUUCGAUGAAAGAAUGAAGUCAUAUUUGAUCAAAGAGCCGACAUCAUAAUUGACUAUGGCAUGAAAUGAUAACGUCCUAUUAAAUUAAAGGGUUAUCGGCUGUUACAAAUGUGCGAUUUUUCUCAAGGUCGUAAAAUGAAGCUAAUUCGAUUCUGCUGUGGCGAUGUGGCCUGCGUAGGCUUACCAUACGUCCCUCUUUUUAGCGUCUUGUCCCGACAAGUCAGCCAAAAGUCCCGAUUUAACAUUUAACCAUCCAGCAUAAUACACAAACAUGUUCUCGUUAUUGUUGUUGCUGUUUAGCGCAACGCUAGUUACUUACUGAAGGUGAACGCGUUAUUUUGUUUGUUUCGUUGUUUCCCGCUAACAUUGUUAGCGAACACAUCACAUGUAAAAUCAAUUCUAAUUGGUCCUGUUCGGACGUUCGCGUGAAU